GCUAAAGGCUCAAGGUGGGAGGCUGGCCUUCCUUUCCUUGAGUCGAUCUUGUUUUCCCAUUUUGAGUCUCGGGGAACCCAGGACACAUUAGAGGUGGCAGCUGAGGGGUGUGAGCAUCGUCCAAGAGAGGGUCUGACGGAGAACAAGAAAGAGAUUGUUGGAGAUUGAGUUCUGCCAUCUGUGACGAAUUGAGGAUUGAGGGAGUGGUUCUCGUUGUCGCAAUUAGAUUCUACCAUUUGACGACGGGUGAUUGGGCUUGAUCGCAUUGUUUCAUCAAACAUCUUCCUUCGUUCAUCAUGGUUCACUAUAGCAGCGCAAUUUCUUACUACCAAUCCACUCUUCCCUUGGCUCAUCGAACCUUCCGAUCCUCUUCGGUGGAAAGGAGCUCUCAUUUUGGCAGCUCCAUGGAUUCGGCCAAUAGCCGUUUCAUGCGAGCCUCCACGAUUGGACCCUCCACCAUCAAUAGCGGAUCCGCGGAUCUCUAUGGCGUGAUGCCGUUCAACCGGUCCCUUCACGCCAUUGAGGAUAGGAUCCGCACCCGAGCUGCCUCUCUCGAACCCGUCAACACUUACCGACGAGCCUACCAAAGCUCCACCCCUUAUGGUGCCACGACCACCUUCGACUACAAGGUCUUUGACUAUGCCAACCGUCUGGACCAAGAGGAGACUACCCGGAAGUACAUCAACAGCCUCACCAGCAACUACCAUAGCCGUAGUUAUGACACCAGUGGCUACUCCGGUUACUCCUCCAUGGGCUCCUCCGGCUACAGGGCCUCGUCCCCCGACACCUAUGCUAACUACCGACGAACCCCCAGCCGCGAGUUGGACCAGUUCAAGCUGAACAGCCGGGACUUGUACGCCUACAGGCACUACCGCAAGUCCAACCAGACCUUGAGCGACCGCAACACCCGGGCUUCGUCCCCUCUGCAAAGCCGCGAGUUGGACCGUUACUACAAGACUGAGCGUCGCUCCAGCUACUUGGGAGACAUCAGCAGUGGUGGUCACCGUGAUUUCCGUUACUACAACUUCCGUAGCGUGCCAUAUUACGGCGGAUCCGACUACUACACGCUCACCCAUCGUCAAUUGGGCACCCGCAACACCAAAUUGAUGUCCAGCAAGGUCACCGAAGAGGCCACUGCUUAAAACAAGAAAGGCCAAAGCCAAACUCAUUUUUUGACUGAUUUUCACCAUCGGGUCAAAUAUCUGUCAACGAUUGUUAUAUCCCGAAUUCUUCUCCAAACUGGAACCCCAAAUGACCUUUUAAUUUUUAAUGCAUAAAAAAACCCUUCUUCCAAAAAUAUUGAUCCCCAACCCGUUUUCAAGUGUUCGAUUGACGCUUGAGAGCAAUGUUAAACGGUGCCAUAAUUUUAAUGAUAUUCCACAACGAAACACGAUAUUUGGUUUUGUGAGAGAGCGAACCAAAACCCAAUGCAGCUGAUGACUUCUAUGCAAAAGAACUUGAAAUGAUGAUGUUUACUUUUAACCCCCUUGUUUGUGUUCCUCAUAACGAGCACUUGUAAAUAGAUCAAUACUGUUAUUGUUGUAAAGAAAAAACCCGCCUUGAAAAUGCAUGAUCAUACAUGUGAUAACGAAUGAAAGUCUAAUAAAAAGUGAAAAUUCCAAUAA